AACAUGAUGAAUGUGGCAGCGGACAGCAUAACUGUGAUGAGAAUGCAAUCUGUACAAACACUGUCAGGGGACAUAGCUGCACCUGUAAACCUGGAUAUGUGGGGAAUGGGACCAUCUGCCGAGCAUUCUGUGAAGAAGGGUGCAGAUAUGGUGGAACUUGUGUAGCCCCAAACAAAUGUGUCUGCCCUUCUGGAUUCACAGGAAGUCAUUGUGAGAAAGAUAUUGAUGAGUGUGCAGAGGGGAUCAUUGAGUGUCACAACCAUUCACGCUGUGUUAACCUCCCAGGGUGGUACCACUGUGAGUGCAGAAGCGGUUUCCAUGACAAUGGAAGCUAUUCUCUUGCCGGGGAGUCCUGUGUUGAUAUCGACGAGUGUGCCUUAAAGACCCACACCUGUUGGAAUGAUUCAGCUUGUGUGAACCUGGCAGGAGGGUUUGAUUGCCUUUGUCCAUCCGGACCAUCUUGCACUGGAGACUGUCCCCAUGAAGGUGGCUUCAAGCGAAAUGGACAGGUGUGGACCCUGAGGGAGGACAGAUGCUCCGUUUGUUCCUGCAAGGACGGGAGGAUUUUCUGCCGGAGGACAGCCUGCGACUGCGAGAACCCCAGUGCUGAUCUCUUCUGCUGCCCGGAGUGUGACACCCGUGUCACCAGCCAGUGCCUCGACCAAACUGGGCACAAACUCUACCGCAGUGGAGACAACUGGACCUACAGCUGUCAGCAGUGCCGUUGCCUGGAAGGAGAGGUGGAUUGUUGGCCUCUCCUAUGCCCAAAUCUAAACUGCGAGUACACGGCUAUCUCAGAAGGAGAGUGCUGUCCCCACUGUGUCAGUGACCCCUGUCUGGCUGACAACAUCACCUAUGACAUCAGGAAAACCUGUCUAGAUGGCUACGGAAUUACAAGACUUAGCGGCGCUGUAUGGACAAUGGUGGGAUCUCCUUGUACAACCUGCAAAUGCAAGAAUGGGAACGUCUGCUGCUCGGUGGAUUUAGAGUGUCUCAACAAUAACUGACGUAGUGAGACUGGACUGUGCCGAGGGAGGAAAACUGAUGAAGUUAUCACCUGAAAUGAAGUCGUAUGCAUUGGCAUUUUAUACAACAGACAAUUACCAAAGUCUCCACAUAAGGAAGAUGUUUGGGAGUUGCCUUUGGGACCUAUCACUAUGCUCAUCCUUGCUAGCCUUGUCUGGGUGACUUACAGUACAGCGCAUAUAAGUCAAUGGUUGUUCAAAGUUUUCAGUGUUGUAAAUUACACACCUUUCCUGUCAAGACAUUUGCAAUCAUUUAAAUUAUUUCAUGGGUAAACUAAUGCUGUAUUUUUGUUUUAAUUUGUGUAUUGACAACAUGAUAGAAUUCAGCUCUUCUUACUUUGGAUCUAGAUUUUACAAAGACAGCCUGUUGUGAUUUUGUCCCAUGAUAUCACAUACUUAGUUCCAAGGUCCCUGUCCAGAUGUAUUUAUGAAAAUAUGUAUGUAUGUACAGUCAAAUUGCAUAGUACUUAUAUUUCACAGC